GAAUGCAGUGGCCCCCGACCCCUGGCGCCUCUCCGUGUCUGGGCUGGGCCUCCUCGCUCGCCUGCUCCACCGCCGCGACGCUCCUGGUCCGAGCCGGCCGGGGCCCCCUCAUGGCGGCCAAGUGGUUCAAGGAGUUCCCCCUGAACCUGAAGACCGUGUCGGAGCGGGCCAAGCCUGGGGGCGGCGGCGGCGGCAAACUGCGCAAGAACUCGGAGGCGGGCGGCGCGGGGCCGGGCCCCGGCAAGGGCCGCAAGAACUCGGCGGCCGAGCUGGGGAGCGGCAGGGCCGGCGUCGGCCCCAAGGACAGCCGGCUGUCCCGUGACAGCCUGCAGGGUCUGAUUCAGGCCGCCGCGGGCAAGAACCGCAAAAACUCCCGGGCCACGGAGGAGGAGCCCCACCGGGGUGCGACCAAGAGCUCGGGCUGCAGCACCUACAUCAACAGGCUCAUCAAGGUGGACACUCAGGAGAAGAACGGGAAAACCAACUACCCCAGCAGCAGCAGCAGCUCCAGCUCCAGCUCCAGCUCCUCUUCCUCGGCGUCCUCUUCCCCUUCCUCCCUGGGGCCCGAGCUGGACAAGGGCAAGAUUAUUAAGCAGCAAGACACGGUCAUCAUUUUAGAAGACUAUGCUGACCCUUAUGAUGCCAAACGGACAAAGGGUCAAAGGGAUGCAGAGAGAGUCGGAGAGAACGACGGUUACAUGGAACCGUAUGAUGCGCAGCAAAUGAUAACAGAAAUUAGACGACGGGGUUCCAAGGAUCCCUUGGUGAAGGCUCUCCAGCUGCUUGACAAUCCCUGUGAACCCGCGGAGGGCAGCCUGAAGUCAGAGACCUUGGCCAAAAGACGGAGUUCCAAGGACCUGCUGGGGAAGCCGCCACAGCUGUACGACACUCCCUACGAGCCUGCAGAAGGGGGCCCCAGGGCAGAGGGGAAGGCGCGGCCCCCAGACAGCCGGCUGCCCGAGAAUGACGAGCGGCCCGCAGCCGAGUACGAGCAGCCCUGGGAGUGGAAGAAGGAACAGAUCGUACGUGCUCUGUCAGUCCAGUUUGAAGGAGCUGAGCGACCUUCCCUCAGGGAGGAGACAGUGAGGCAGCACCACCGGCAGAAGAGCUGGACCCAAAAGAUCCUGAAGCCAGCCCUCUCAGACCACAGUGACGGGGAGAGAGUGGACCCGGGCCUGCCCCUGGAGAAACAGCCCUGGUAUCAUGGUGCCAUUAGCCGUGCCGAGGCUGAGAGUCGACUACAGCCCUGCAAAGAAGCUGGUUACCUGGUUCGAAAUAGCGAGUCGGGGAACAGCAGGUACUCCAUUGCUCUAAAGACUAGUCAAGGAUGUGUCCACAUCAUAGUGGCUCAGACCAAAGACAGCAAAUACACACUGAAUCAGACGAGCGCUGUGUUCGACAGCAUCCCUGAAGUGGUACACUAUUACUCCAACGAAAAGCUGCCUUUCAAAGGGGCGGAGCACAUGACUCUACUCUACCCCGUGCACAGCAAGCUUCACUAAGGUUCAGCCCCUGCAAGCCGAGGGCAUCAUCAGCGCACAGCCAGCGUCUCAGAGGACAAGGCCGGAUGAACAACUGCUAGAAAAUGGGAGUCUUCCUUGAAAAGUCAGAGUGUUUGGUUCUUUUUUUUGCAUUUGUUUUGUUCUGGUUUUUGAGACGGAGUCUUGUUCUGUCACCCAGGUUGGAGUGCAGUGGCGUGAUCUUAGCUCACUUCAUCCUCCACCUCUUGGGUGCAAGCAGUUCUCCUGCCUCAGCCUCCCAAGUGGCUGGGACUAUAGGCGCAGGCCACCACGCCCAGCUAAUGUUUUUUUGUUUGUUUGUUUUUGUUUUUUAGUAGAGACGGGGUUUCACUGCAUUGGUCAGGCUGGUCUUGAACUCCUGACCUUAAAUGAUCCGCCCACCUCAGCCUCCCAAAGUGCUGGGAUUAUUGGCUUGAGCCACCACACCCUGCUGAGUCUUUGGUCUUAAAGUGAUUCCAUGACACUUGGUUUCUGACCUGUCGCUUUUCUCUUUGCUAAGUAGUUCUACAAUAAGAAAUCAUGACUUAGCUGGUCCCUUCCCCUCUGGAGCAGGGUUUUCUUUUUACGGUGUGACCCUCAGGAAAGGUUAGCCCAGAGUUCAGGAGCACCAGGGUUCUCCAGAAACGUGCCUGCUUGGAGUUCAGGAGCACAGGGUUCUCCAGAAACGUGCCUGCUUGUCACUCGGAAUACGUGGUCUCGAAACAAACCAGCAACAAAUCCGUAUGGCUUUUCCAGUUGACGGUUCAGACUGGAAGAGUAUGUUAUGUCAGACUCGUUAUCGGGGAAAUGGACGAACAGUAGAAAAUGUGAAUGAUGGGCGAGAAGAUGUCUUUCUCCCUCACAUGUCCCAAGGCAGCUCUGGAGUUCCUGGAAAUUCACAGCUUCAGAGUGUCGCCUAAGGAUUAUUUUGUUGGUCAGCCUUUCCAAGAAAGUGUAUGUUCUCUCAAUCGCUGUGGAUUUUCUGAUUUUUGUUUUAGCAAAUCAGUGAGAUAAGCAUAAAUAGGAAGGAAGAUACCCCAGGUUUAAGAAUCACCAAUACCGUUAGUCAUUGGCAUCAUCAUUAGAAUUCUAAAUUGAGAACAAAAGGUACCACAGAGAUUUCUGAUUAUUUUAAAAUUCUGAUUUACAUUUUAAAACAGCUCAACAGCUACUACUGAAUAAUUGUAUAGAACUUCUGAUGUCUUUUGUUUCAUCAUCAUUGGGCAUUUCUGUUGGUAUGGAAUAAUUUUUAAUUUUUGUCUUUAAAAUUAGAUUUGCUUUGUGUUUGUAGUAAAUUUUUUUAAAAUACAACCUUGAGAUCUGAUUGUAUGAACUGGGUCUCUGAAGCCCACAAAGAUCCAUUCUGUCCUGAGCAGACUGCCUUGCACUGUACAGAAGUGUGUGAAAAAACCUGGACCUUUUCUCUACAUACCAUUACCUAAUAUUCACAGUAUUAGGGGCUUUAUGAUUUAUCAUGAGCUUCUAGCACCAGUUUAUUGACUGAAAAAAGCCGCGGGAAUGGCAUACUGUGAGAAGAGUACUAUGGUGAGUGGCGCCAGAUCAAAAACUCAGCAGGUGUGUCUUUAUUCUGGGGGUGGUCAUCUGGGUCUCAAUACUGCUCCAGAUGUAAAUGUACUGACUGUCAUCAAUGAGAAUUAAUCUCUGUAGCUCAUAAAUACACAAAAAAAGAUGCUGAUCUGGUUAAUUUUUUAGGAAAGUAUACCUUACUAGUUACUAGUUACAUUUGACUAUAAGAUUUAGAGGUUAGUAAAUAUUUGCUUCUUUAUUCAGGUAAGAUCUCAGCCAAAAGGUUGUGUGAUCUUUGAUUUUAAAAAUUAAGAACUUCUUCUCACUGGAACACAAUCGUUUUAUUGAGAAAGAAUGUAGGCCGGGUGUGGUGGCUCACCCCUGUAAUCCCAGCAGUUCGGGAGACUGAGGGGCAGAUCACCUGAGGUCAGGAGAUCUGACACCAGCCUGGCCAACAUGGUGAAACCCCAACUCUACGAAAAGUACAAAAAUUAGGCCAGGUGCAGUGGCUCACACCUGUAAUCCCAGCACCUUGGGAGGCCCAGGCAGGCAGAUCAUUUGAGGUCACAAGUUUGAGACCAGCCUGGCCAGCAUGGCUAAACCCUAUCUCUGCUAAAAAUACAAAAAUUAGCUGGGUGUGGUGGUGGGCACCUGUAGUCCCAGCUUUGGGAGGCUGAGGUACAAGAGUCGCUCGAACCCAGGAGGUGGAGGUUACUGUGAGCCAAGAUCACGCCACUGCGCUCCAGCCUGGGCGAUGAGCAAAACUCCAUCUCAAGAAAAGAAGAAAGAAAGAAAAUUAGCCUGGCCUGGUGGUGGAUGCCUGUGAUCCCAGGUAUUCAGGAGGCUGAAAUUGGAGGAUCACCUGAGCCCAGAACAUCAAGGCUGCAGCUGAGACCUUGUCUCAACAAACAACCGAAAGGAAUGUUUUUCAGAUAGUGAUAGAAUUGUUUUCAAUGUGUAUUGGUUCAUGUACUAUAUCUUUAGUGUAAGAUUUUAAAAGUUUUUUUCAGCAUCCAUUUAACAAGUAUUUAUUAUCUUUAUACAAAUUAUUCAUUGUGUUAAACUUAGUUUAACAUUCUAGAAAUGAAGCCUUAUUUUUUACUUAACCUUAGUCUACAAAGGGAAUACAGCAGUUAUUCUAAUUUUAAUAAUGCUAAAAGCUGUAUACAAUUUUUCUUUGUGCACUAAAUGAGUUUUGGCCCAUACCCAGCAACUGUGAUGAAUGUAUAAUGAAAUAACAUUUUGAAAGCAGGCCAGAUACAUUAUUUAUUGAGCUUCUAUCAUAUGCCCAGUAUUGUGCUUCUUCGAUACUGUUUUUCUGUGAAAUCAUACUAUAUUCCUUAUAGAAUUAAAAGUAAAAGGGAGGCAGAGUUUAGAUAUUGUUCAGUUGCUGUACAGUUGUACAGGAGGUUAUAAGAAGAAAUACAGUAAAUUCGUGGGAAGUGAGGGCUAGUAAGCUCUUUUCUUCUUGAGGUUGUGACACAAGCUGACAAAAGCCAAGGAGUUCACAGCUGUGUGGUGGCACAAAGUCACAUAUGUUCUAAAAACAAUUAGGCCCAGCAGGGUGUCCCUAAUGGCUUCCUUGUUAAGCCUCCCUGGCCAGCUGAUCUGAAGCUCUGUGACAUGUUCUCUGAGCUCUGAAUGCUUUGGCUUUUUGUCAUUUUGUCUUGAGACAAGUAUUUUCCUGUAGUUUUCAUUCCUUUGAGUUAAUUCUGUCUCCCAGGAUAUUCUCUGGUGAGAAGAAUGUCUUCUAGUAAGUUUGCCUUGAGUUUAGCAUCCACAGAGCUGUGUCAGUGUUCUUCUUUACCACACGUCCUUUUAAAAAUACUCCUACUUCCAAUGACUGGCUAAGGUCAGUUGGUUAGUUUCAGGCCUAUAGAAUAGAGAGUAAAGGACCUUGCUGUUUACCUUGAUGCCAUACCCGUGUCUAUCAUGAUGGCCUGCAACCACUGGCGUUGUGUGUAUUUAAGAUAGGAAUAAAAUAAGGGAGAAAUGUUAAGAUGUAUGCAAAAAGGUAUACUAAUCUCCAUACUCUCUCGGGGGCAGAAGUGUCGUUUUAAGUUAUUUAAAGCACUUUCUUAAGCAUUUUAGAAAGCCUUCAUUCUUUGCUGUUAGAAGUCUCCAUACUUUGCAGAAUUGGUGUUUGUGAACUAGCCUCUGCCACAGGAUGGGGAGGUGGGCAGGUCGUUGAUAGGGGCAGCCAGGCAUUUUUGAGGCAGGUGGGCAAUUGUCCUAAUUUGUUAAUCGGUUUACGUAACUGUGUUACUAGUCUGUUAUUGGCUGCUAUUGGAUGCAUUUGACAUUUAACUCAGAAGAACUGAGGCAUUCUUCAGUUUCUUGCUAAGUGGGGUAGCCUUUCUGUUCUGUCAGAUGCCCUCUUUAAUUAAAGGUUAGCUCCUUGUUUCUCCCUCCUUCCAGGACCCAGGGAGCAGGGAAGUCUCAUUUCCUUUCCCUGCACGCCCUUGACUCUCAGCAGGAUUUCACGGAAACCCUUCUCAGAUCUCUCGUUCAUUAGUUGUCUCCUGUUUUCCAUAAACCAUCACUAGUUUGGCCUUAUGACCUGGUUAGAAUCAUUCUUCCGUAUUCUCAUUUCCAAUUUUUGUAACCCGCUAACUUGGACUUAGAGAAACUUGGCCUGCUGUGCAGUGGGCCUUCUCUUCAAACUUACCCUCCUUCACAACUGACCCUGUGUGAAGAAGGAUGGUGCAUUACUGCCAUCUAAUGGAAAAAGAGAAAACUGCAAUUGGGAAAACCAGCCGUGCAUUUAAGGGUAGGGUUUUCUGAAGGAUCUCCGAAAGGGGAAAAUGAUGACACAGCAGUUGCCAUCUUGAAAAAUGCCCUUUUCUGCGGAAAGGGUGCUUCGAAGCCUAAUACAGCUGUCAUCACAAGACCCUGGACUAGGGCUGGAUCGUGUAAUUUAGAAUCGCAAAAUGUAUUUCAGUGAAUAUGCUGGCAACAGAUCAUUGAGACAGGUAUCUCGUUUUGUCAAGUUCUUAACCGUUCAGUUACUUUGUCAGGGGCUUUAAUAUUUUAGAUAUCAACUAAUACAUAGUUUCAACUUUUAAAAAUAUUUAAAGAUUGUAUGUAAUAUAGGUCUCUAUCUGUAGUGCCUUAAUAAUUUAUAUCAGAAAUAUUUUCUAAAAUUUCUGGUUGUAUUGCAGUAGCCAAUACAGGCUUCAUGCCCUCCUGAAGAUGGUUCACUCUGAAAUGUAACUUUAAAUAAACAUUAUUCCAAGAAAA